AUGGCAAAACAGAUGGCCUUAGUUUCUCCUGAAUUAAUUGCGCAUCCUGUCGCUGCGUCAUUAAUUGCGCAUUCUGUCGCUGCAAUUAAUGACAGUAGAUCACCUAUAGAGUUUCUUAUAUCGAGAUCAGGUAACCAUUAUAUGGAUCUACAUUCGAUUUAUCUAUGUGUUCAAGAGAAAAUCGUAAAGAAAGAUGGAUCAAAGUUUGGCUCGGAAGAGAAAGUUACUCCUGUUAAUUAUUUUUUAAAUAGUUUGUUUUCUCAGUGUACUAUGUUUUUAAAUGACAAACCAGUAAUUACGGAGGUUAAUUAUCCGUAUCGUGCUAUAUUAGAUGCCUUGCUAUUUAAUUCGAAAAAAGUGCAAGAAACUUUUUUAUCGAGCACGUUAUUUUUUAAAGAUACUGCCGGACAAAUGGAUUCGAUAAAUCCGUUAAAUGAAAAUAAUACUAACUACGGAUUAGUUAUAAGAUUUAACAUCAGCAAAGAAAGUAGAAUAAUAGAUUUAAUGGGAGGUCUUUAUAUUGAUUUAGCGAACCAGCCUAAGCUUCUAACGAACAAUAUAGGGUUUGAAAAAGCAUUACAGACUGCUAUAAUUAAAUUACCGUUCUGUAGGACAGAUGUUAAAGUCUUUACAUUAACUAGCGGGAUUCAGUCUACAAGUAUAUCAAACGUUGUUAUCGGUCAACUACCUUAUAGAAUAACUCUCGGAUUAGUUUCUAAUUCUGCAUUUAAUGGAAAUGUGAAGCGUAAUCCUUUUAAUUUUAAAAAUUAUGAUUUAAAUUAUAUAUGUUUAUCAAAAGACAAUCAAAUGAUUCCUUCUAAACCCUAUACUCCGGAUUAUACCAAUAAAAUUUAUGCAAGAAAUUUUAUCUCGUUAUUUGAAGAUACCGGAUGUAUUCAUCAUCAUAAAUCUAUAAAUAUAUCGUACGACGAGUACCGAGACGGUUAUACUUUAUAUUGUUUUGAUCUUACCCCUGAUAAAUCAGGCUCCGAGAAUCACGUUAGUGUUAACGAGCUGGGAAACAUUUCUGUGGAAUUAAAGUUUUCGAAGGCGAUACCGGAAACCAUAAACGUUAUUUGUUUGCUAGAAUAUAAUAAUACCUUAGAAAUCGAUCAUUCACGAACUGUAUUCGUCGAUUAUUAA